AUGCAGCCACUCAACGGCUUGUCCCUUCAAGGCAUGCAGCACAGGGGAGGGGGCCAUCAGCAGCGUGACAGGGAAGGUGUUGCAGGCUGGCAGGGGAACUGUGUGGAGAUGGAAGGGGAGGGGCGGAUGGGGGGCGGGCAAGGUGGGUUUGACAGGAACAGAGGAGGAGCAGAGGGAGAGAUUGUGCGGCAUAGGAGAGCAGCAGUGAGGCAGCAGCAGGUGCAGUCAGCACAGGCAGGGGGGCAGCAGGUGAGGUCAGUACAGGUUGAGGGGCGGCAGCAGGUGUGGUCAAGAGAUUCGCCCCUGCAGCCCCUGAAUCCAACCAGACAGGGUGAAAACUCGCAAAGACAGCGCGUGUGCCCAUCGCCCCCUCCUGUGCAAGCCUUGGAGCACACGGGUGCAUCUCCCCAGCUGAAUGCGUUACUGCAUGUGGGUACACGUACACCCCCCCAGAAUGCAUCAUUGCAGGCGGGUGCAUCUUCCCAGCCAUGCUCGCAGCCACCUGUGUUCACAUCUGGGCGGCGGAGACGGGCAGACGACCCGCUUCUGGGCGGCACAAGCAAGCGGGCCAUGUGUGCCUCUGCUCCGCUGCUGCCUGCUGCAACGCAUGUUACUGCUGCUAGCAGGCCUGCUGAUGCUGGUUUCAGGCAUAUCAACGCUGCUGCCAUGCCUGCUGCCACUGCUGCUCUGCAUCCUUUGGCUGCUGACACCAAUGAUAGCAGAGGGAUCGCAGGAGGUACGGCAGGAUGUGUGGCAGGAGGUACGGCAGGGGGUAUGGCAGCAGGUGUGGGUGCUUCUAAUGCAGCAGUGAACAGUGAUUCUGCUGCCGCUCGUCAAGCGGGAGUGGCUGCAGAGGAGAGGGACCAUUCAAGCAGUGCGGGAGACGGGGCAGAUGAGUCGAAUGUAGCCGUGAGAGCAGGUGUCUGCCGAGGGGUGCAUGAGGGUCCUGGGCUGGCAUCCCCCAAUCUAAGCCCCCCCAAUGUGAGCCCUCUCAACCUGAGCCACAACCACCACGUGAAUGGGACCGGAGGGAGACGUGGGCAAGAGGGGAGGAGAAGUGGAAACAGGAGUAUGCCGAACGGAGUGAGUGUUGCUGGCGACAGCUUAGGAGCAGGAGGAAGGGCGGGCAGGGUGGUGGGCGAGGGGAUGCCUAGGCAGCAGGGUGGAGGAGUGGGCAUUAGGGAGGAGGAGAGAGGAGAAGAGGCAGCAGGAGCAAGUGGGGUUGUGGCCAGAGUAUUGAACCCAGUGCCUGGGCGCACCACAGCAGCCAUGGGAUGGCGAGGAGGGGCGUCAGGCACACUUGCACAGGCUGUGGGUCCGCCCACGUGCGUGUGCACGCUGUAUGAGGAUGCGUCAGCCUACCUGCUGCUGGUGUCGCUGCCCCACUGCAACCUCUCCUGCCUCCGAGUCACGUGGCGCAACGCCGGUGCUGCUGGGAUCGUCAAGAUCUCCUGUGCUGCCAUCUUCCCCCCGCCAUCCGUAUCUCGCUCCGGCCGCACAUUCCGCCAAGUGUCGCGCUCUCAGUGGCCGGGGGAGCAUUGCCCUGUUGGCCCGUUCGAAAGGGAGGUGCAGCUGCCCCAGCGCAUACCAGAAAAUGCUGACGUGGCAGCCAGUGUGUCUGCAGACGGGUCUGGUAUCGAGCUGCUGGUGCCGAAGCUCAUGGCAGUCACCGAGGAGCGUGAGGUUCGGGUGCUUCUUCCGGGCCUGCAACGAACCUGA